CUGACGUCACGAAGGAGGGCGGUCCCACAUUUGAUGACCGCACUGUACAUAGGAGCAUCAGCGACCAAGGCCGGUUAUUUGAUCUCAGACUCGGCCUUGUUGCGUCUGAAAAGGGGCAGGGGUGGCUCUUUUGAGGUGGCCAUAGACGCCGAGGAACAUAAGUGACGGCGCAUUGAGGUAGCCACAGCCGCUUAGAAGGUUGCCAUCGCGACGCGGCCGCUGGAGGGUUUAGCUUCCGGGUUAGGCGGCCGCGGAGGCGUAGACGGAAUAACCUGAACGCCUCUUCCGGUUACCCUUUCCCAGUGCCAGAGGCGCCUAGGGUAGGAAUCCUCACACGGGGACCGGAACAGAGACCCGACAAGGAACGGCGGCUUCCCCGAGAUCGAGGGACGCGCUAGCCAGAGGAGAAGAAAGGAACCCGGGUCGGACCACGGAACCACUGACCAUUGCCCAUGGCGGCCCUAGGCCCCAGCAGCCAGAAUGUCACUGAAUACGUCGUUCGAGUUCCGAAGAAUACAACCAAAAAAUAUAACAUCAUGGCUUUUAAUGCAGCUGAUAAAGUCAACUUUGCCACGUGGAAUCAGGCCCGGCUGGAGCGGGACUUGAGCAAUAAGAAAAUCUAUCAAGAGGAGGAGAUGGCUGAGUCAGGCGCGGGCAGCGAGUUCAACCGCAAGCUCCGGGAGGAGGCUCGGAGGAAGAAACUCGGCAUCGUCCUCAAGGAGUUCCGGCCCGAGGACCAGCCCUGGCUGCUCCGUGUCAACGGCAAAUCUGGCAGGAAGUUCAAGGGCAUCAAGAAGGGAGGCGUGACAGAAAACACGUCCUACUAUAUCUUCACCCAGUGCCCCGACGGGGCCUUUGAGGCCUUCCCCGUGCACAACUGGUACAAUUUCACGCCGCUGGCCCGGCACCGCACGCUCACUGCUGAGGAGGCCGAGGAGGAAUGGGAGAGGAGGAACAAGGUGCUAAACCACUUCAGCAUCAUGCAGCAGCGGCGGCUCAAGGACCAGGACCAGGACGAGGACGAGGAGGAGAAGGAGAAGCGCGGCCGCAGGAAGGCGAGCGAGCUGCGUAUCCACGACCUGGAGGAUGACCUGGAGAUGUCGUCCGAUGCCAGUGACGCCAGCGGUGAGGAGGGUGGCAGAGCCCCCAAGGCCAAGAAGAAGGCGCCGCUGGCCAAGGGCAGCAGGAAGAAGAAGAGGAAGAAGGGCUCAGAUGACGAGGCCUUCGAGGACAGUGAUGAUGGGGACUUUGAGGGCCAGGAGGUGGACUACAUGUCGGACGGCUCCAGCUCCAUGGAAGAGCCUGAGACCAAGGCCAAGGUGCCGCAGCAGGAGGAGGGGCCCAAGGGCGUUGAUGAGCAGAGCGACAGUAGUGAGGAGAGUGAGGAGGAGAAGCCACCUGAGGAGGACAAGGAGGAGGAGGAGGAGAAGAAGGCGCCCACCCCACAGGAGAAGAAGCGCAGGAAAGACAGCAGCGAUGAAUCAGACAGCUCAGAGGAGAGUGACAUUGACAGUGAGGCCUCCUCGGCCCUCUUCAUGGCGAAGAAGAAGACACCACCCAAGAGAGAGCGGAAGCUGUCGGGAGGGAGCUCAAGGGGCAACAGCCGCCCGGGCACGCCCAGCACAGAGGGCGGCAGCACGUCCUCCACCCUGCGUGCCGCUGCCAGCAAACUCGAGCAAGGGAAGCGGGUGAGCGAGGCGCCUGCAGCGAAGCGGUUCCGUCUGGACGCGGGGUCCCAGAGCCUGUCGGGGAAGUCGACUCCGCAGCCACCAUCGGGCAAGUCGACACCCAGCAGUGGGGACGUGCAGGUGACUGAGGACGCCGUGCGCCGCUACCUGACACGGAAGCCCAUGACCACUAAGGACCUGCUGAAAAAAUUCCAGACUAAGAAGACAGGGCUGAGCAGCGACCAGACGGUGAACGUGCUGGCCCAGAUCCUCAAGCGCCUCAACCCCGAGCGCAAGAUGAUCAACGAUAAGAUGCAUUUCUCCCUCAAGGAGUGAGCCUCUGUCCAAUACACAGCUCUGGCCGGGCGCGGUGGCUCAAGCCUGUAAUCCCAGCACUUUGGGAGGCCGAGGUGGGUGGAACACGAGGUCAAGAGAUCGAGACCAUCCUGGUCAACAUGGUGAAACCCCGUCUCUACUAAAAAUACAAAAAAUUAGCUGGGCAUGGUGGUGCGUGCCUGUAAUCCCAGCUACACAGGAGGCUGAGGCAGGAGAAUUGCCUGAACCCAGGAGGCGGAGGUUACGGUGAGCCGAGAUCGAGCCAUUGCACUCCAGCCUGGGUAACAAGCGUGAAACUCCAUCUCAAAAAAAAAAAAAAAAAAAUACACAGCUCUGCUCCCCAGGACUUCUCAGGCUCUCACUGCCCCUUUGCCGUCCUGCUCCCUGACUCCCAGGGCCCCAGAGUUAGCAAUUUUGGAAAAGUUUAAGCCAUUUCCUCCUCUGGCCCUUCUGGAAUCUUCAGCUGCCUGGUAGGCCUUCUUCUUGUCCUCUUUCUCCCUGUUCAGCCUCUCUCACGCUGACCAAGGGCCUGUGCCCACCGGGUAGCAGUUCUGCCUUCCACUUCCUUAGGCUUCUCUUCAGCGGUGAUUUAAUCUACUGCAUAGCCCAUUAGGUCUUCAGUUUUGGCCAGGCAUGACGGUGAGUGCCUGCAGUCCCAGCUACUUGGGAGGCUGAGCCCAGGAGUUCAAGACUGCAGUGAGCUAUGAUGGUGACACUGUACUCCAGCCUGGGUGACAGAGCAAGACCCUGGCACACACACAGAAAAAGCAGCCAGGCAUGGUGGUGGGUGCCUGUGGUCCCAGCUAUCUGGAGGCCUCAGCCUUCUCAGCACAAGAAUUGAUUCUUGUGAACCUGGGAGGCAGAGGUUGCCAUGAGCUGAGAUCACACCACUGCACUCCAGCCUGGGUGACAGAGUGAGACUCUGUCUCAAAAAAGUGAAUAAAUUGCUUAGAUUUCUUUGUUUCCUUUUUAGAUCUGGUAUUCUAACAGACAUUUGGAUAAUGUCUUGUUCCUUAGGUUUUGGUUUUGUCCUUCAUGUAUUUAUUUUUUAGUUUUUGAGACGGGGUCUUGCUCUGUUGCCCAGGCUGGACUGCAGGCCCCCUGCAACCUCUGCCUCCCUGGCUCAAGCCAUCCUCCCGCCUUAGCAUUUAAAGUAGUGUGCACCACCAUGCCUAGCUAAUUCUAAAAGAUUUCUUGUAGAGGGCCGGGCGCAGUGGCUCAAGCCUGUAAUCCCAGCACUUUGGGAGGCCGAGGCGGGUGGAUCACAAGGUCAAGAGAUCGAGACCAUCCUGGUCAACAUGGUGAAACCCCAUCUCGACUAAAAAUACAAAAAGUUAGCUGGGCGUGGUGGCGCGUGCCUGUAAUCCCAGCUACUCAUGAGGCUGAGGCAGGAGAAUUGCCUGAACCCAGGAGGCGGAGGUUGCGGUGAGCUGAGAUUGCGCCAUUGCAUUCCAGCCUGGGUAACAAGAGCAAAACUCCGUCUCCAAAAAAAAAAAAUUCUUGUAGAGAUGAGGUCUCACUGUAUUGCCCAGGCCAGCCUUGAACUUAUGGGUCAAGCAGUCCUCCUGCCUCAGGCCAGUGAGUAGCUGGGACCACAGGGGUGUACCAUUUCGCUGACUAAUGUUUUCAUUUUAGGCCUCCUUACCUUGUGGUCUGACAUAUCUAGGAGCUGAAGUUCAUGGGCCUCCUUGUGUUUCUUCUGACUCCCCUCGGUGAUAGAUUUUCUUGUGAUUUGGAGUUGGAUGCUCAUGGCCAGCUGGGGGCUCUGUGGGAAUCCAGGGUGGCCUACUUUGCAGGCAAUCCUUCCAGAUGGUUCCACGUUGGCUUGCGCCUGCCACCCAGGAGCACCAGCCCCAGCCCAUUUUGUGUGUGGUUCUCGGCUUGCAGGCUCUAUCCCUGUGUGGCCACCAAAGCCAAACCCCCGAUUGCGGGACCCUAUGUUUCAGGUUCCCUGUGAUGUUUUGGGGGCUUCUUUCUUUUCCUCCAAGCUUGGUCAUGCGUUUAUUUGAUCUGGCGUCGCCAGGUUCUGGAGGGUGGGCUUUUCCAGUUCCUGGACAGCAGUGUGGCUGGAAUUAGAAUCUGGCCAUACCCACUUUUGAACUCAUCUUCUGGGCAACCUCUUUCUUCCAUCUUGCCGGUGGUUGGAAACUGCAGAUGGAAAGCUUCCCCACCCAGUUCUGCGGCCCUUGGCUGCUGAGCAGGAAUGCCUGAGAUGUCAGGCUAAUUCUUCGGAAUGUCCCAGUUCAGGCCAACCUCUCCCCAUUCUUCUGCCAGGCCUUGGGCAGCAGGGAGGCAGCUCUGGAGGGAGCACCUGCCCUGGUGGUUUCACCCCAGCUAUCCCUACUGCUUGGACCUUUGUCCAAGGAGGCUGGGCCAUGUGGCCUCAUGGUUAGAGCAGGGGCUUUGCAUUCAGGUGGACCUGGGUUCAAAUGCCAGGUCCAUUGCUUAAUUCUGGGUGACCUCGGGUUUUUUUUUUUUUUUUUUUUAAUGGAGGCUUGCUCUGUCACCCAGGGCUGAGUGCAGUGGUACCAUCUCAGCUCACUUGGGACGCCUCUGCCUCCCAAGUUAAAGCAAUUCUCCUAUCUCAGCCUCCUGAGUAACUGGUAUGAGAGGCACCUGCCACCACACCCAGCUAAUUUUUGGGUUUUGUAUUUAUUUUUAUAUUUUUUUGAGACAGAGUUUGUUGUUGCCCAGGCUGGAGUGCAAUGGUGCGAUCUUAACUCACUGCGAUCUCUGCCUCCCGAGUUGAAGCGAUUCUCCUGCCUCAGCCUCUGGGAGUAGCUGUGACUACAGGCAUACGCUACCACACCUGGCUAAUUUUGUAUUUUCAGUAGAGACAGGGUUUCUCCAUGUGUAGGGCUAUUGGGGCCCCACAGGGUCAUGCGGUGUCCCUUAUGCUGUGUUGAGGUGCAGGAUCUGAGAAGAGACAGGACACUGAAGAACUGGUGAAGAGCAUCUGGACUCGGAGGGGCCACUCCAUCUGUGAGUGGAGAUCAGGGACAGACCCCAAAUGCCCCAGAGGAUUUGCAUUUAUUAGGUACAAGCAGGGGGCAGGGUCGUGCGUGAGGUCAUCAUCUAUAGGCUUAGUAAUAGGGCAUAUAUAAUCAUGUGAGUCCCAACAAGGGGACCACCCCAUUAUGUCACCUGGGCAGAGGGGUGGGCUGUGCGAAGCAGGGGGCCUUGCCAUGCGCAGUAGUAGAGGAUCGUGUACAGAAAAGGGGUCCACCUCCAUUAGGUCACUGAGGCAAGGAGGUGGGCUGUGUGCAACAGGUGUCGUGCACAACACUUAUCUGAGGGCUGGCGACUUCAAAGGGUUUCUAAUAGAAGCAUACUGCAAGCCAGUGCAGUGGGAGCUGACAGACUUGUGCUCUUAAGAUAUUAAUGGGAGGAUGAUUUGAGCUAGCGCAGAGUGAGAAAAGACCGACAGGGUGGACAGCCGCCGUGACUGGUCACAACAGAGGGGUUCUUCUCCCUCGGUUACUUGCGGGAUCUCAGGCCUGCGGCUGACUUUCCACAGGAACUGGAUGCAGGUGCUACAACCCCUUUAUCAGGAGGAGAGGCUCCUGCUCCAAGCCUGCCACGCAGCGUAUGCCCUUUCAGGCAGGGAUGCUACCGCCUGGGUCUUUGGUUCUUGUCCUGGUCCGGCUGUUUCCCAUGUACUGCUUCUGUUCUGUGACUGCUCUAGGCAUUCCUCCUGCUACAAACCCCUAUAUGGUUAUAUGGAAGGAUUCUAUAAAUCAGCACUAAAUGUGUCAGUACAGCACCGACUACAAUACCUAGGUGAUUAGGUGAUUAUAUAGAAAGAUUAUAUAGAACUAAGUAUGCUAGACAGAAGUAUUAAGUUUGUAUAAGCUGGAUACAUGUAAGCAAUAAUUGUACUUCAGGCACUAAUUCUGUAAACUAAUAUGUGAUUAUAUAUGAAGGAAAUAGUUGAGUAAUAACACUGUAAACUAAGAUAUUCUUCAGGCACUAA